AUGGAGGACAAAACGACGCCGUCACCGAUCUCUGAAGAUCUUUCCCGGAAAAUAACAUAUCUCGCCGCCGGCGAAGCGCACACCAUCGCUCUCACUGGCGAUGGAUGUGUUUACUCGUGGGGAAGAGGAAUGUUCGGGCGUAUCGGCACGGGGGGAGAGACGGACGAGCUUGUUCCAGCUCGUGUCGAGUUCGAUUCCUCAGAUCGAACGGCCGCUCGAAUCGUUGGCAUUGCUUCUGGUGCUUAUCACAGUCUCGCUGUCUCAGACGAUGGCUCGGUUUGGUGUUGGGGUUAUAACAUUUGUAUCCUUUUAUCUCACUCUGGAUAUUAUUUUUUGAUUGCUACAUACAUGCUUUUAUGCUCUCUUCUCUAUAUAAUGCAUUGGAUCCUUGACUGGGUGAAUGGAUGGCCAACUUGGUUUUGA